GACCUCAUCCUGAAAGUGGUGGCCCCAAAGUUCGAGAUGGACCUGGAGAUGAUCUUUGGUGCCGACCAGUCGAACGAAUACCGGCUGCAGGCCAUCGAGCAUGCGCAGUCGCCCAUCAACAAGCACCCGGUGACAGGUCAGCCAGUGUGGUUCUGCAAUCUGCACAACCACAGCCGCUACCUGCGCGACCGCCGGCCCUGCACAGUUCCUGAGGUGGGAAUGACCGAUGUGUACAGCGGAGACCUCUCCACGAUCCCCUACGACGAUGUCAGGCACAUCAACGAGGUGUGCGAGCGAAACAUCGUGACGAUGUCCAUGAAGAAGGGCGAUGUGGUCCUUCUGGACAACUACCGGGUGCUCCACGGCCGCAACACCUUCAAGGGUGACCGCAAGCACGCCGUCACCUGGUUCGAGUCUUGCGGCGAGCCGCUGUCUUCAGGUGAGGCCAAGAAGGACACACCGGAUGAUUUCAUGAACAACCUCAUCAACAAGACCCUGGUUUGA